UUGAGGGUAUCCCCCCUCACCCAGAGACUGUCAGAGACCAUGUCCAACAGCAAUGACAGCUGCAACCUCCCCCUGAACACCGACACACUUGGUCUCACCUACAUCUACAGCCUGGCCUUCUCACUGGGUCUCCCUUGCAACCUGCUGUCUCUCUGGGGACUGUACCAACUGGGCCGGUCCGGCGGGGGUGGCUGUCAGCUGGUCUAUAUCCUCAACCUGCUGCUCUCUGACCUCCUCCAGCUCCUCACCCUCCCUCUCUGGAUCCUCUAUCUCCAGGGGGCGCACCGCUGGCCCUACGGCCGCCCCGCCUGCGAGUUCGUGGGCUAUGUCUUCUACGUCAACGUCUACGCUAGCGUGGUGUUCCUCUGUAUCAUCGCAUUGGACCGUUGCCUGGCGAUAGUACACCCGUUGAGUAGUCGUGGCGUUCGGACCGUGCGGGUGGCGGCGGUAUUGGGGGUGGCGGUCUGGACACUGACCUUUCUGUUCUGUUUGGGCGGGCUUCUUCCGUCAGUGUUUGAUGCGGAGAGGCUGUUGUGUCUGGAGCAGUACCCCGUCAGCCUCAGAUAUGCUCACUUUAAGAUUGCUACGGUUGUCAUGGGGUUCCUGCUGCCCUGUGGUAUACUGGGCUACACUUCCGCCCGCAUAGGAGUGACUCUCCAUCACUCGCCAUCCGUCUCCGACCAGGGUCGUCACAAAAUCACAGGCAUCCUCAUCGUCAUCACCGUCAUCUUCAUCGUCGUCUUUGGACCCUACCACCUCAUCGGGGGGUACCGUUUCGUCUCCUUGCUCCUCACAGAUGACCCCUGUGAGUUGGAGCGGUCCAUUUUCCUGUGUUACCGGCUGUGCUAUGGCCUGACGAGCCUCAACACCCUGCUGGACCCUCUGUUCUACAUCUUCCUGUGUCAUGACGCCCGUCUGGAGCUCCGCAGGUCACUGACGCCCUGUCUGGGACAGGGGCACACAGCCCCCAAACAAGUCAGACUAAGUCUCAGAGGGAAUCCUGAUCAGAGUGACAGUGUGUAGAGAGACUGGAUUGGACACGUUUUUGAAUUUCCUGUUCCUUUGAUUCUGAGGAAGAAGAAUCUGGAUAAACUCUAUUAUGUUACCCGUUUCUUGUUCUUUGAUGGUCUUGAAGUCGAGAGGAGAGGACACAUUUUGUGGCGACACCAGCCAUACACUACAAUGCAGUGUUUUCAUAGACUUGCUCAAGGAACUGACUCCACUGGUUUGGCUGCUGAGAAUUGGUGAUGGGAAAAAAGCAGCGAUUGUGCCACCUAGUGGGGAGAGCAUGUAUGCUGUUGGCUGAAAUUGGAAAGGGUACUCCAUCUGCUUCACCUUUCUGCUGACAGUCAUCUCUAACUUAUAAUGCACUGCAAUAGCUGCCUCAGUUUAUACAGCCAUAUGAAUGACUAUCCGUGGAUAUCAACAAUAAUGUCAAAUGUGUCUUGAUUACUUGCUUAUUGCAGUAAAUAAAGUCAUUUUAAAU